AUGUGGAGGAAGGCCAAAAGCCAGGCGGCUGUGCUGCAAGGUGGCUGUGUGGGAGUGCCGUUUACAAACAAGAAACUCUGCACCAUUCUUACUACGGGACUGCCACUCGGGAACCUCUCCUCCUUACAGCUAAGCGUGAAGACUGUGUUGCAACGGCUCAGGCACCCGCCUUGCUCCGCAGGAAGUCCCGAAGGUGCGUCCCCCCAGAUCAACCUGCGCUUAAUAGAAACACAAAAUCCAGAUCGCAGGAAAUGGAGCUGCGACGCCCCCUGCCCCACUGAAGGCCGGGGACCGAGCAGCGCCUCUCCUUUCUGGAGGGCCGUGGGACUCGGCCGCGACUCUCGGCCGCUGGGCCGGGGCCAAACGCUCUUUCGCCGGCUCGCUAGAACCCAGCCGCGGGAGGAAGCGGCAGAGACCCUCUUUCAGGGCUGCGCAGCUGGUUGCGUCUCGUUCUGCGAGCCGGCGGCUGCCAUGGAUUCCUUCUACAGCGCCGCCUCGCAGGGCACCACCGACGGCUCCUCGCCUUUUAGGGCAUUCCCCGGCGGCGGCGGCGGCAGCGACAAGUUCAGCCCCACGUUCCUCGCCGGCAAAGGGCAGAGCGGCUUCGGCGACAGCAGCGGCGGCAGCCCCAAGUGCCGGAGCCGCUACGGCCAGGGGGAGUGCCCGGCCCUGGACGCCGGCGGCAGCGGGCAAGCGGCUCCGGCCGCCGCCUCCUUUAGCAAGUUCCACCCGCAGCCCCAGCCGCCGCCGCCGCUCUACGUGCAGCGAGGCCCCGGGAAGAGUCCUCCGGGCGGCAGCCUCAAGCCCCUGCCGGACCCCAGCGGGCACAACGGAGCCCUCCAGCUCUCCUGUUACGCUAAAGAGAGUUCCCUGGGAGAGGCUGAGCUGCAGCCAGGCUCAGAUCCUUCCGGAAUGGAUGGUAACUACCUCAGCGUGAAAGAGAGUGGUGUGAAGGUAUCCCAAGAAAGGGCAAGCAGCGAUCUUCCCAGCCCAAUGGACAAGACUGAUUCAGAGAGCAACAAAGGCAAGAAGAGACGUAAUCGCACCACCUUCACCAGCUACCAGCUGGAAGAACUAGAAAAGGUCUUUCAGAAAACCCACUACCCAGAUGUCUACGCCAGAGAACAGUUAGCUAUGAGGACGGACCUGACAGAGGCCCGAGUGCAGGUGUGGUUUCAGAACCGACGGGCAAAAUGGAGGAAACGAGAACGGUUUGGUCAAAUGCAGCAGGUUCGCACUCACUUUUCCACAGCCUAUGAACUGCCAUUGCUAACUCGAGCAGAGAACUAUGCCCAGAUCCAGAACCCAUCCUGGAUUGGCAACAAUGGUGCUGCCUCACCUGUGCCUGCCUGCGUUGUGCCAUGUGACUCGGUGCCUUCUUGCAUGUCCCCCCAUGCUCAUCCCCACACAACAGGAGGAGUCUCCGAAUUCCUGAGCGUCUCUGGUCCCAGCAGCCACGUGGGGCAGACUCACAUGGGCAGCCUCUUUGGCAGCACUGGCAUCAGCCCAGGCAUCAAUGGCUAUGAGCUGAACGGUGAGCCUGACCGGAAGUCCUCCAGCAUUGCAGCCCUGCGGAUGAAAGCAAAGGAGCACAGUGCGGCCAUAUCGUGGGCAACAUGACAGGGCUACGGCCAUUGUCCUCGAGACACUGACAAAGGAAACAGAACAGAUGAACCAAUCCAUCCACUCUUGGACUCUGGACAGCCAGUUCCCUCCUCAGACAUUGGAAUGCAGCACUUUUAGCUACCCUAGG